AUGUCCCAACGCACCGGAGAACACUCAGCACUAUACAAACUCCUGCAAAAAACAUUGGCCAUCUUGGAAAGACCAAAAGCUCCUGAUCCUAUGCAAUAUACGAAAGAGAAGUAUGAAGCAUACAUGAGACAAAAUCCCCCAAAAAAUCAGCCACAAAUAGUCCCGUCGACUUCAUCUGCAGGCCCUUCGCAAAGUAUACCCUCGACGGCAACCUCUGGACCACAAGUUCAAUCCCAUGCAACUCAAGCUCAGCCUCUCCCACCCGGCUCGAUCAAACUGGUCGCAGAUUUCAUUCCACCAGCAAAGACAGCAAAAGAAGUUGAAGAAGACAAACGGGCAAGUGGUUUUCAAAAAUUGGUCCAUCGUCAGGCGACAGCUGUUGAAAAUACAGGCGCCCAUCUGCCUGCUCCUGUUCAGUCCAACUACUUCAAAGUCACUUUCAACUCCGAUCUUGAUCUGCGAAGAUACAGGAUUCACCUCGACAAAAUCGAUAAAAAAAACGUUGUCAAGCGUGAGCUUCGUCGUACUUUGAUCGAAGAGCUACUCCUACAAGUCCCUCCUUCGGGAAUUUGGGUUUCGGACUACUCGGAGUACAUCGUCUCCGUCGGCAAACUUUAUGAUAAGUUAACUGAUGUACCAGGAGCGACUGUCGAGAUUACUCAUCAUCGUCAUGGUCGAGAUCAAAUCUGGGUUCCAAUGCAUAGCCUCAUUGUUUACGAAGGCCCUUUUCAAAGAGAUGCUUUAAACACACAUGUAUCUUCGAGCGGUUCGACAUUCGUACCAGAUGCGGAUCUUAGGAUGCUGAACAUUAUCUCAUGGUUUAGAAUCAACGGCUACGCUUCACCGCAUGCACCAUUGUUUGAUGGAUUCCGGGUGCCAUUGGAUGGUGACGCGAAAUUCCUAAUCAGAACUGGCUUCUAUACAUCGAUGCGGCCAGCUGUUGGAUCGGUGCUGCUGAAUGUCAACACCGUAACCUCAGCCUUUUUCCCUCCGGUAAUACUGAGUACUUGGAUUCGAUUGUUUUGGCAGCAAGAAAUUCCGCCAGUCAAUGAACGAAGUAGUCUCAUAGGCCUUCGAGUCACUUUUGUUGGUGAUGGUGCGAAUCCUAAAACGAGAGUCAUUCGUGAUGUCAAUGGUUCAGAUGUUAGUCAAGUCACUUUUGCGCCUAGAGAUGCCAACGGAACCCCAGGCCAGGUUACCUCUGUUUAUGACCACAUGAGAAAUAAAUAUCGAUUGUUGAGAUUCAAUUCCUCUGUCUGCUGCUUGAAUAUGGGGACAGCAACCGACGAGAGAUGGUACCCGGCCGAUAAUCUGCGAAUUGUUGCUGUGCAAAUCUUCAAAAAGAUUCUUCCGGAUGAUUUGGGAAGUUUAAUGAUAAAGAUUGCUCAGUGUGAGCCCGAAAGCAACAAGAGAUUAAUUCUCAACGGGGCAUUGCCGUCUCUGGGAAUUCCAGCUACCACGAGUUCCUUCUCGCAAUUCGGCCUUAGUAUUAAUCAUGAAUUUGUAGAGGUUGUUCCGAAAUACCUUCGUCAGCCCAUACUGGAGUUUGGCGGAGGGUCCCAGUUUCACAUAUCCACGCAACCAAAUAACAAAUCUUCCUGGAUGCUCAAGGAUAACUAUCGUAUUUUCAGGUUUGCUGACACUGGAAAUUCGAUUUCUAAUCUGCAUAUCAUUCGGCUCAGGUCCAACGACAAUGCUAGUGUAGAACAAGUGAGGAACUUUGCCCGAGAUCUCGAAUGGAAAAUUGGAAACUAUGGUGUCACGCUCACAGGCAGUGCAAGUAUCUCCGACGCUGCGUUCUCGCCAAAUAGUCGGCUCUUUUGUGAUAGACUUGAUGUAGCCCUAGCAACUUUGUGUUCAAGAAACGGUAAUAGAAACCCGAGACUUCUUCUUGUAGUAGUCCCCGACGGGGAUAUACGUACCUAUGCAAAUAUAAAGUGGUGGGGUGACUGUGUCGCUGGUAUUCCGACAAUUUGCAUCACCAAAAAAGUGCUUACCAAAGGGAAGUUUAUGAACAAUAGAUUUCAACGGGACACUGGAGUUAUCCUUAAUAUCAGUCUCAAGAUAAACUUCAAAUUAGGAGGUACUAGCCAUUUCAUUAGCGACGAGGCAAGCCAAAGAAUCUUCUGGGCUGGUGCGAAGGCAAACACGAUGAUCGUUGGAGCAGACGUUUCGCAUGCUGGUAAAGGUAGGGAUGCGACGUGUCCUUCAAUGGCAGGGGUCGUAGCUACUUGUGAUCAGCUAUGCUCUCAAUACUUUGCAUCCGCUCGCCUUCAAGAAAAUAACACCGAGUCGAUCGCAGACCUAGCCGAUAUGAUUGGAGAACGCCUUGACAAGUACAGGACUGCGAAUAAUAAUUCUCUACCAGAACAUAUACUCUUCUAUCGCGAUGCUGGAUGCAAGGCGGCAGGUGGAACAGGCGGAAAAGGCGGUAAUUGGUGCCCAAAAAUUACUCUGCUAGUAGUCGGAAAGCGUCAUCACACCUGCUUCUUUCCCAAAUUAGCGAAAAACGACAAAUACAACAACAACCUUUCAUCAGGCUUGGUGAUUGAUUCCGGGGUAGUUACACCUAAUCAUUUCAGUUUCUAUCUCCAGAGUCAUGAUAGCGCACUUGGGACAGCAAGAAGCGCACAUUACAUUGUCAUCAUAAAUGAGAGUGAUUACACACCGAGCAGAUUCAAGAGACGGGCAUUUAAAGCUUUGUCUGUUUGUACGCCGGCCAAAUACGCGGAUAUUCUAUGUGAUCGCAUGCGUUGCUACAUGAAGCCGGCUCUGGACAAUGACUUCGCUGCCACUUCUCCAAAUAACUUGACUUUCUAUCGAAACAACACAGGAAUUUGGAUUGAUCCUUACCAGAAUAGAACCAAUCCCUGGCAUCCUGAUCUUAACGAUCUGAUGUUUUAUCUCUGA